AUUUUUGUAGGCGCUUCUCCGAAGAUAACAGUGUGCCCUCUUUCACGACUGUACGUGUCAUUCCUUCAUUUUUAUGUCAAUUCGAGUGUUUAAAUUAAAUAAAAAUCUAUAAGUCUCGUGUACAGUUUUCCUUCACCGUUAUCGGACAACCGUCGGUAUCGGCACCACAAUGACGACCGUCUUCCAGUCUUGUGAAAGUUCCAGUGCCCCAAAUUAUUUGCAGCACACGAUUUAACAAAUGCAUUGAAAAACUGAACGAAUGUGUUCGUUUUGAUCACAUAUUUGAAUACACGAUGGACUUCGAAUUGUAUCUCUAUGGUGCCUGUUCAGCACGUCAAGAUCUGAUUUUGGAAUCUUGUGGUUGGCACGUCAAUGCCGUUUACUAGUGUUUCACUAGCGCCCGAAUUCUAAAAGUGUUUGAUACUGGCUAUGUGAUUAGCUAUUAAUUGUACUAUAGUGUUGUUUUCCGUCAUAGUCGGGUACAAUUUAUGACUAUGUACCAGCCAAUAAAAGAGUCAAUUCAGUUGGUGACAACACCAACAAAUCGUCCUAGAUCAGUGUUAAUAAACAGUAAGAAUACCAAACUAGAAGAAUUCAUAUUGAAUAUUCACAAUAAUAUGUCACCAUCCAGAUUCAUUUUGUUUGUGAUCUCAAUUUUAUUUGGUUUUGCUGUGAUUAUUGGUGUUUUAUUUAUAGUACCAUGUGAAUGGUCUAACUGUAUUUCUUCAAAAAAUAUUAAGUUUAUUUGGUCUGAUUCUAUUUUUAUUGACAUAGAGUUAAAAGGCAGGCCAAGUACGAUUGAAUUAAACCAGAAACUUAUACAAUUGUUAUUUAUAGUAAGAGGAUCAAUUCUCAACAGUCAAAAUGUACCACCUAGAACAGAACGUUUACCAUCUAUUGGUGGUGGUCUUUUGCAAAUUGACGCAAUUACUGGUAAAGAAAUGUGGCGUAAACGAUUAGAUUCACUACCCGAUACAAUUGAUUGUACAUUACUAAAUAAUCAGUUCAAAGAAAAUAAAGAAGUAUACUGUAUAGUAGGAGCUUCAAAUAGAAAUAUAUUGGCUGUUGUAUCCAGCAGUAAACAUAAAGGUACUACUUUAUUUGGAUUCACUUUUUUUAUUAAUAUCAGCAGAGUAACAUUUAAUAUUAUUUUAUUUUAAGUGUAAGAGUUAAAA